AUUCUACCCAUCAUUCUCAAUGUUCUCAUUCUCCUUCUCCAUUUAACCACCUCCACACUGCUCUUCUCCUUCUCCUUCUCCAUCUCCAUAUCCACCACCAAAAAAUGGAGGAUCUCCACAUCCUCCCUUCUCCCACCUCCCCAUCUCCCUCUCCUCUCCUCCACCGUCUUCUCAAAUCCCUCUCUUCCUCCUCCUCCUCCUCCUCCUCCUGGUCCUACUCCAUCUUCUGGCGUCUCUCCCCUGAUCUCCUCUCCCUUUCUUGGUCUGAUGGCCUCAUCCUAAAUAACUCAUUAUCUUCUGAUGACACUGAAUGGUUUUAUCUUCUUUCCCUAACUAAGUCUUUCUCUUCAACUGACACCUCUACAACUCAUUCUCGUUGCUUCUCUUCAUCCACCCCAAUCUGGAUAACCACAUCCACUUCUCUCCAUCUAUCUAACUGUUCCCGUGUCCGUGAAGCUCUUCUUCAUGGCAUUCAAACCCUUGUCUGCAUCCCCAUCUCCGGCACUGGCGUUCUCGAACUCGGCUCAUCCCUCAUCAUCCCCUGAAAACUUGUCCUUUAUCCAUCAGCUCAAAUCCUUGUAUUCUUCUCCAAUUGGAUCAUCACAUUCAAUUAUUUCUCUCAAGAAAGAACCAGUAAAUACUACCACUUUAUCUUCUUUAAACUCAGACCUCUCUGAGUCUGAUGGUGGUGGCUCAGUUCUUGAUCUCACAGCUCGUCCAAAGAAACGUGGCCGGAAGCAAGCAGUGGCAAAGGAAGUCUCUCCGGGGAGCCAUGUUGAAGCUGAGAGACAACGGAGAGAGAAGCUCAACAGCCGGUUCUACGCCCUCCGUUCCGCCGUCCCCAACGUGUCACGCAUGGACAAAGCAUCGUUGCUCUCCGACGCUGUCUCUUAUAUCAAUGAGCUUAAGACGAAGGUGGAAGAGCUCGAAGCCGAGGCUUUGAAGAUGAAGAAGAUGAUGAUGAUUACUAUGGAUAAACCACCCACCUUGAUCAAUGGAGUUAAUAAAGAUGAAAGCAUGGAGGUAGAGGUGAGAUUCUUGGGUAUAGAUGCGCUUAUCCGGGUGAGGUCAGAGAACGGUGGCCAUCCGGCAGCGUUGCUCAUGGAUGCUCUGAGGCAGUUGGAGCUUCCGGUGCACCGUGCCAGUGUUUCUAGUGUGCAUGAACUCAUGUUGCAGGAUGUGGUUGUUAGGGUUCCGGUUGAACUUCAGUGUGAGCAAACCCUAAAAGCUGCAUUGGUUUCUAAGUUGAUGAAGAACAACUAUUUCUAAUUAACUAGUUUAA